AACACAUGAUAAAAGCACCGUUACAGUUCUUGAAAGACCAUAAAACGAAUAAGAAUAAAGCGAAAAUAACAUGCCAAGUGAAAUAAUUACAUUGCAAUUAGGCCAAUGCGGCAACCAGAUUGGCUUCGAGUUUUGGAAGCGCCUUUGCCUAGAACAUGGCAUUUCCCCCGAAGGCGUUCUCGAGGACUUUGCUGCCGAUGGCCACGAUCACAAGGAUAUUUUUUUCUAUCAGGCAGAUGACAACCAUUAUAUACCACGUGCUGUUCUACUUGAUUUGGAGCCUCGCGUCAUUCACAACAUUAUGAGCUCACCCUAUGCCAAGCUCUACAAUCCGGAGAAUGUUUAUUUGUCGAAGCAUGGCGGCGGCGCUGGCAACAACUGGGCAUCUGGCUUUAGCCAGGGCGAAAAGGUCCAAGAGGAAGUCUUUGAUAUUUUGGAUCGCGAGGCCGAUGGCAGUGACUCUCUGGAAGGCUUUGUGCUUUGUCAUUCCAUAGCGGGAGGAACUGGCUCAGGCAUGGGAUCGUAUCUGCUGGAAAGAUUGUCAGAUCGAUUUCCCAAGAAGCUAAUACAAACGUAUAGCGUGUUUCCCAAUCAGGACGAGAUCAGCGACGUUGUUGUGCAGCCCUAUAACUCGAUACUGACGUUAAAGCGACUCACCAAGUGCGCCGACAGUGUUGUUGUGUUGGACAACACAGCUUUGAAUCGGAUUGCCACCGAGCGGCUUCACAUACAAACUCCCACAUUCACACAGAUCAACAAUCUGGUGUCCACGAUCAUGAGCGUGAGCACCAGCACCUUACGUUAUCCUUCGUAUAUGAAUAACAAUCUUAUUGGACUGACGGCACCUUUGAUUCCGACUCCACAACUGCACUUUUUGAUGACAGGCUACACCCCAUUGAUCACUGAUCACGAGACAAAAACAAAUGUGCGCAAGACAACAGUUCUAGACGUUAUGCGUCGUCUACUGCAGCCAAAAAACAUGAUGGUGUCUUCGACAGCCGACAAGAGUCACUGCUACAUCUCCAUUCUUAACAUAAUCCAAGGCGAGGUAGAUCCGACCCAAGUGCACAAGUCACUGCAACGCAUUAGGGAGCGAAAGCUGGCCCAGUUUAUACCCUGGGCUCCGGCUAGCAUCCAGGUGGCAUUGUCAAGAAGUUCACCCUAUGUGCAGUCGGCGCACAAAGUGUCUGGUCUGAUGAUGGCUAAUAACACGGGCAUCAGUGCUCUCUUCAAUCGAGCUCUUCUCCAGUAUGACAAGCUGAGAAAGCGCAAUGCAUUUCUUGAACAAUUCAGGCGUGAGGCCAUCUUCCAGGAUGAUCUAAACGAACUGGAUUUGGCCCGCGAUACUGUUGACAGCCUAAUACAGGAAUACGUGGCCGCUACUAAAAUGGACUACAGAAACUGGAGUCCCGAUGCCAACGGUGUGAAGCCAUAAAAAUUCUAGUAGGCUGUGCCUGCUUCUUUAUAUAUUGUAGCCUUCCAUUUAUUUUUAACUUUUAGCUGUAUCUGUACACAUAUUUCGGAUCUUGGCCUACUGCCAUUCAAAAUGUCCCUCAAGGGAUUCACAACUUUCGUAAAGCAUUAUCUCUAUUGUGGAGUCCGUCGAACCAUCGAGAUUUAUGGAUUUUUACUUGGCGUGCAAAUCUAAUAUCGAAUUCGGCAUGGCAGUAAUUAUAAACAUGUUUUUAAAAUCCGGCCAAUAAAUUUAGCGAUAAAAUGAAAACACUAAAAACAUUCCCAUCUACAACAAAAAAGAAAACUUUAAACUUAAAGAUAAACUGCAUAUCUACUGGUUAGCAACAAUAAAUGAAUAUAUAUAAAUUAUUAAAAUAAAAA